AAAAGCUUCACCGUGACACAGGCAGCAUGUCCAAUUUAAAAGUCCAUACAAAAAUAAAUAAAUAAAAGGAAAUGCAGUUUGGGAUGUACAGUACACAUAUGCACAUAAAUGCACUGAUAGUGUAUCAUCAAAUGUAUCAUAGCUGAAGAUCUGUGGUCCAAGUGUAUGUAAAGACCCUCCAAAUCAGAAUUACAGGCCAUUUGUAGCAGCCACCGGUAAAAAGUCUUCUUGAAAAGAUUUCGUUUAACCCCUGUUUUAGAAAAUCAGACCGCUUAAAAACACAUUCCAGACAUGACUUCAGUGUCUUCUUGAUAGGAGUUUCUGUCUGUCACUUCCACCCAGAGCUCCACACAAUGCAGCGAGCCAUCACAGGACACCCACUGGAUCUGGUUGCGGACACGGCCCGGCGCUCAUGUUACAGCUCACAGGGUUGGAGAGGGGGACGUUACUCUGGAGCUGUCUGUGCACGUCUACGGAUGCUGUUCAAAAAGUCCUCAGCAUGCCGUCGUCCAACCAGGGAUGGCCCGAAGAUUUUGGCUUCCAGCUGGGAGGGAGCGGGCCGAGCUACAUCUUGUCCGUCGAGGAAGGCAGCAGCGCCCACCUGGCGGGGCUGCAGGCGGGGGACCAGGUCCUGGAGAUCGAGGGCCACAACGUGUCGACGCUGGGUCCGCAGGCCGUCAUCGCCAUCGCCCAGACUCAGAAGAACAUCCCUCCCAGCAUCGGAGUGGUGUCCCGCAUACAGCAGAUGGACAUCGUGCCGGGCCCAGAUGGUCGUUUUGGGUUUACCAUCGUGGGAGACUGCCCUCUGCUGGUGGAGGACUGCUCCCCUUGCUCCCCAGCUGGCCGCGCCGGCCUGAGGGCCGGGGACUACGUCAUGGAGGUGAACGGCAUCCCCGUCAGGCAGCACGAGAUGGCCGCGGCGCUGAUCAAGGCCUCGCAGGGGAGGACGCUGCGCCUCGGGGUGCUGUGCCUCGGGCCGAGGCAGAAGCGCAGCAUCAGCAUAGAGGACAGCCAGAUGGGCGGAGAGGGGGUGAGGCUGGACCGCAAGCACAAGGCCCUGGAGUUCAACAGGAAGGUCGACCAGGUUUUAGGCGACGAGCCCGAAGUGAAGGAGAAACUCUUCGCUGUGCUGAAGCAGUACGCGGCGGAGAAGAGAGUUGAGUGGUUGGCCUCUGUCCUGCCCGAGAUACUCACCACGGACGAGCAUCGACAGCUCAUCUCCAGCAUCAGAAUCUUCAUUCCCAAGAAGCACCGGCAGCGCUUCGACGAGGCCGUCUCCCAGAACGUGAUCAACCGCCUCUGCCGCAGCAAGAGCAUCAGCGAGCCGCACAGUGGCAGAAUCCGACGCAGCCGCAGCGAGGACCACUCUGACCGGCACCACGGGUCCAAGCGGGCCAGCUCCGUGCCGAGGGACGGGGGAGAGCCCGGGGGGAGGGGGGAGGCAGAGAGGGACAGGGGCUUAAAGAAGUCCGCCUCCGGGAUACCCGCGCAUCCCCCCAUCGGUCCCAAUCAGAGGGUCGUCCGCGUCUACAGGGGGAAGAAGACCUUCGGCUUCACGCUGCGGGGCCACGCCCCCGUCUGCAUCGACUCCGUCAUCCCAGAUAGUCCUGCUGAGGAAUGUGGACUGAAACCAGGAGACCGGAUUCUUUUCCUCAACGGACUCGACAUGAGGAACUGUUCCCAUGAGAAGGUGGUGUCCAUGCUGCAGGGCAGCGGUGCUAUGCCCACUCUGGUGGUGGAGGAGGGUCCAUCCGACUACUCUUCAGAACAGACAGAGACAGAGGAAACUCCUAGCCUGGCCCCGACCACGUUACCUCGCUCUAGGUCUCCGGCCCUCAGUUCUCUCCAGUGGGUGGCAGAGAUCCUCCCGCCGAGCAUCAAAGUUCACGGGCGGACCUUCAGCCAGCAGCUGGAGCACCUGCUCACCAUCCAGGAGAGAUACACCGUCUGCAAGGCCUUAGAAACCUUCUUCCAGCACAGGAACGUGGACACUCUGAUAGUAGAUGUGUUUCCAGUGUUGGACACUCCGGCCAAACAGCUGAUCUGGCAGUUCAUCUACCAGCUACUGACCUACGACGAGCAGGAGCGCUGCCAGAGCAAGCUGUCGCGAUUCCUUGGUUUUAAAAGCAGCGCGGUGCUAGAGCCUGACGGAGGUCCGGAGCACCACCGGCGGAGCAGCUCAGUGCGCGUGACAGGGACGUCGUUCCGCAGCAGCAUGCGAGAGAGGAGCUCUGAUGACUGCAUCAUCGGGACUCAUCUGGGAAUGGGAAUUCAUGUCGAUGAAUCUGGGAGCCCGGAGGAGAGGCAGUCAGGAGAUGGAACCUCCUUCCCAGAGUCCCCUGACCUCAGUCAUAUGACAGGUGUGUACACGGAGCUGGAGAAUGUGUACGCAGGGAAGAGUGUGUCUCCGCUGCAGGGCGGCUCGCCAGCAGAGCCCGAGGUGCCGGGACAGACUGAGGCCUACGGCCGCUCUCUCUCCCCCCUCACGCUUCCCCCUCUCACAGGGAACCGCAAAUCUGGCCUGUCCUUGUCCUGGAAAGAGCCCCUGCCCACCCCUGUGUAUGAGAUCCACCACCAGAGCAGCGUGGACUCCAACCCUUACGUGAGCCUGGAGAGCCCCCCCGCCUCCCCCGAACACCCCGACAGCGGGCCCAACACGUUGACCCGCCGGAAGAAACUGUUCACCUUCUCCCGCCCACCUCGCAGCCGGGACACCGACAAGUUCCUGGACGCCCUGAGCGAACAGCUGGGCCACCGGGUCACUCUGGUGGACGACUUUGUACCCGGGGAGAAUGACUACGAGGAGAUAUAUGACGGUGGUUGUCAUGGUUUCAGAAGAAGAGGUGUGCCUAUGAGUUUCCCCGAGGACCAGGACGUGGGCUUCAUGCCUCGGCAGCUCAGCAGCGGCAGCAGCGAGGACCACAGUAGCAGCGACGAGGCCUCCUCUCCUUCCUACUCCUCCGAAUCCGAACCCAUCCCGCCGCCGCCCAACCAGAGCCCCCCGCCUCCCCCGCCCUUCCAGUCCCUGAUACCCCCUCCCGUGCAGUUUACCGACCCCCUUCCGCCCGUCCGAUUCUCUCCCGAGCACAUCCCCCGCAGCCGCAUGCCCUUCCACCCCCAUCACCCCAUCAUUCCUCCCCCGCCGCCUCCCCCGAGGACCCUCCUGUCCAGCCACUCUCCCCUCCAUAAAGUCCUCCCGACGAGAGACGAGGCGGAGAAGACUCACCAGCGCUUCAAAACCCCCACUACCCGGCUCUCGCACGGCCACACCACCCUGAGCACCACCACCUUGCGCUCCUCCCACCCCUCCCGCUACCUCCCCCGGCAGCUCAGCCAGCCCCAGCCCAUGCGGCAGCCCUCCCCCCAGCCGUCGCCGCAGCCUCUGAGGCCGAGCCAGCUCGUCCUCCAGAGGCACCACCAGCUCCACCACCAACACAGCUACCAGGGCCCGAUGCCAGCGUCCCUCCAGGAGCACGGCGCGACCAAGUGUCAGAGCAAAGGUCCCGCAGGUUCCUCGCUACCUCCAGGCUCUCACUCCACCCUCCCCAGUCACAAGACCUAUGAAACCACACGGCAGGAGCACAAGUCACAGCAGGCUCCACCACCUCCUCCUCCGCCCCUGCCGCCACCGUGUGAUCCUCCUCCGCUGCCCAAGCCUGGCCACCACUCCUCAGACGCCAACCACAUGAGUGUAAAGAGGCUGCGCUGGGAACAGGUGGAGAACUCCGAGGGAACAAUAUGGGGUCAGCUCGGUGAGGAUUCAGAUUAUGACAAGCUCACUGACAUGGUGAAGUAUUUGGACCUUGACCUGCACUUUGGGACCCAACGCAGAUCCAAGCCAGCCUUCCUGCCCGAGAACUUUAAAAAGAAAGACGUGGUGGAGAUUCUGUCUCAUAAGAAAGCCUACAACGCCUCCAUCCUCAUUGCACAUCUGAAGCUGUCCCCCGUCGAGCUGCGUCAGGUCUUAAUGAACAUGACCACCGACCGGCUGGAGCCGGCCCACAUCAAGCAGCUGCUGCUGUACGCCCCCGAUGACGACGAGGUCAAACAGUACAAGCAGUUCGACCAGGACCCGGUCAAACUGAGCGAGCCAGACCAGUUUAUUUUCCAGAUGCUAAUGGUGCCUGAGUAUAAGACUCGUCUACGGAGCCUCCACUUCAAGACGACUCUGCAGGAGAAGACGGAGGAGAUGAAGGUGGCGUAUGAUUACAUCUACAAGGCUUCAGUGGAGCUGAAGAGCAGCAAGAAGCUGGCAAAAAUCCUGGAGUUUGUCCUUGCCAUGGGAAAUUACCUGAACAAUGGGCAGCCUAAGAGCCACAGGACGACCAGUUUUAAGAUCAACUUCCUAACCGAGCUGAGCACGACCAAAACAGUCGAUGGGAAAUCCACUUUUCUCCACAUUCUGGCCAAGUCUUUGUGCCAACACUUCCCCGAGCUGCUAAACUUUUCCAGAGACCUUACAACGGUGCCUCUGGCAGCUAAAGUGAACCAGAGGGCCAUCACAGCUGAGCUGACUGACCUUCACUCCACCAUCCAGGAGAUCCGGACGGCCUGUCAGAAGAUCACACCCACACCAGAGGACCACUUCGCCUCCGUCAUGAGCAGUUUCCUCGAGAACAGCCACCCCGCCAUCCAGUCUCUGGAGUCUCUGCAGACCCGAGCGAUGGAAGAGUUCUCCAAGGUGGCCUCCUACUUCGGGGAGGACAGCAAGGCCUCCAGCACAGAGACCUUCUUCGGCAUCUUUUCAGAGUUCAUUACCAAGUUCGAGAGAGCUCUCAGCGAGACGCAGACUCCAGAAAACCCCAGAAGCCCCAGACUGUCUUCCCCUCUGGCCUGGUAGGAGCAGGACGUGCCGGCGGCAGGUGUCGAGCCAGAACUGAGAAGGCUCCGCGUUCACUCUGCUCUCCACAACCAAAGUGCCAAGAACACGCACACGCACACGCACACGCACACGCACACAGACACACACACACACACACACUCUCAAACUAACGGGAACAGAGACCACGUCAUCUAUAGCGAACUGCUGGGUAGAGCAGGAACAUUCAGGUGUCCGCAUCCCGACCACUCACACCAGUUACUCCAUUACUAACACCUCUUUUUAAUGCACAUGAGUCAGUAGACAGUGAAGGACACGGUCAAGACGCCAUUCAAAAAGAAAAGGAAAGACAAAACACCUCAUUGCUCCCAUCCAUACUGAAGCUGCAUUAAAGUGAGCUUUAAGUGGUGACAACAACUAGUCUGGAUACUUACAGAGUACUACUAUGUUUAUUACACGACUAUAUAAAGUUUAUAUUUUGUAUCAGAUCAUAUUUGACAAUUGUAAAGAUUAAGUGUAGAUGAUUCUCAAGUUUAGCUUAGUGUUCGAUGGUGCGUUCACUGCCUCCCAUACAGCAGGAAACAUGUAGGAAUAGCAGAUAGUGGAGUUUCCACAACGACAUGUUGUGUUUCUCUCUUAUCUAGUUUAGUGUGAAUCUAAAGGACGCCUCUAUAAGUUUCUUCGCAUCAUAGAGGUAACAGGAGUCAUCCUCGUCCAGCAGUGGUUCACUUUGGUUCUGUAUACUGCAUUUCUAAAUUACUAAUGAGGAACAGUUUAUUGUUUCUAUGGAAGCAAAGCAACAUCAGUGUUUGAAUUUUUAAAAAAACCCAAAUGUGUUCAUUCUUAAUAUUAAAACGGACAUUUAUAGCAUUAAAAUACAAUAUAUCUAUGUGAAUUCAGAUUUUUUAUCUCCUUCAGAAUUUUUUUUUCAAAUUAGACUUUGUGAUUUAAGAUUGAUCUAUUUCAACCUGAUCCAAUGAGCUUGAAUGGAACAGUUUGGCCUCAACCUCUGUGGCUGUGUGAUGCAUUCACUUGAGAAUUUUUGAGAUUUCUUGCAAAAAUUUUGAGACAAAUGUCCAUGAAAGUAAAAAAAGAAAUCAGCUCAGUUUUUUCAAAUCUUAGAGAAACAUCUCAGUGUCCCACAGAUGGAAAAAUAGGCCUAACUGGAUCAUUUUAACAGGUGGGACAUUUGUUUGCUUUCACAAAUGCAAUUCUUAUCUAACUGAGGGAUUCUCCUGGGAUUUUGUGGUUAAUUAAUUCUUCCCAAGAAAAAAUUUUCCCAUAAAAAACGUUCCUCAAAAAUUUAAAUGUGUUAACGGGUAAAACAGAUUUUUUUCCUGAAGUGAAUUCAUCACUAUUCCACAGUUAGGUUUUCCAAGGAAUAAAAGUAAAUACAAGCGCCCCCGAAUUUCCUGGCAAAAUAUGAUCAAGAGGAAAUAGCAGCUACUCAGUGUAAAGUUCAAAUGGUUUUUACCUUGCCCCAACAUGCUGAAGAGAAUCAGCUUCUAUCCACUGAGCUGCUGACAAAUCCACCAGGAUUUAUAGCGUCUUCACACUACCAGUGAUGUUUACUAAAGAUGUUGACACAGACUUUGUUUGAGUGGCUACGACACACGGCUCCACACCUUCCCUUGUCAGAACCAGCCCCCGUCAAACUCGGUUAUUGGGACCUGUCCACUCAGUCGACAGCAGCACACGAGCUGAACUCUCCGAACAGAAGUCGCUUCCCGUCAUCCACCCAGCAGCUCUAUUUAUUCUCUCUGUUAAUCAGCUCCGAAUUCAUUUGCGCCGAGCUAACGCUGAAGACAUCAGCGCGCUGUGGCUCAUAAAUGAACAAUCGGAGAACAUGUGGGUGGAAUAGUAAAUCUCUUUCAGUGAUUAGUGUCGUUUCUUUUUGGCAGCGCUGAAAAAUAAAAUGCAGCUUUUCAUGUGAGCAGAUUGAGCUGUGUGCUGCCGGCCGGUGGAUCUGCACUUUCCUGCUUAAGUAAGUGGGCGGCUGCUGAAUGAAUGAACGUCAAGCUGGGGGGGGGAUAACAUGUCCAUGUAAAUGGUUAUUUCCUGCUUCUACGGUUGUCAUGGCGACCCCGUGGCUCAUCCACAGCACAGUGCACCUGUAGCUGUGUUGUAUUUAUGUCGAGGAACUAUUGUUGAGAUUGUUUUUGCUAUGCACUGCUCGUCAUUUUCAUUUGUACCGUUUUGUACUGUAUGCCCGUACGCGUCCUUCAGGUCCUGGUUUAUUUCCCUAUUCAAAAGUCCCAUCAGAAAAUCACUGUUUUUAUUUAUUUAUGCACAGCUUCAGUCGAGCCAACGGGACGAACUUGUAAAAAAAUAAAUAAAUAAAUUAAAAAAAAAAAAAGGCAAUCCUAGCUGCUACGAGUGUAGUAACAGUGUUUUCUCGUCUCAGUCAGUUGCAUGUUGGUGCAGUUACUGUAUUAAGAUGUGCGGCUGGUAGCAUUUCCCCCCUCCCCCGGAUAUUUCAGUUUGCAAAUAAAAUACACUUCUGUUAGUCUGGUCUGAUUUAUCGCCUCCUUUAUUUUUGUAACCGUUUCGUAUGUUUUCAUGGAUCUAUGCUCAUGUUUUGUGAUCCUUUGACUCUUUGCUUUUGAAUGACGGAUAUGUUUUUGAUCUAUAAAAAAAUGUUAUGCUUGAAAAGAGAAUUGUCUGACGUAUGUGUGCGCCUACGGAUGGAGAACUACGUCUAAUACUCCUGGUUGAUGUGAGCUCUGCCCUGUGCAACAUCAACAAAAUAUCUAAUCAUUCCAAAUACAAAGACUGUAGAAAGACCAUAUUGAAAAUAGAGCUUCUAGCAAAAGUGAUUACACAUUAAAUUAUUGUAUACAUUAUAUGAAUUUAAA